AUGAUUUUAGAUUGUUCUAAUAAGAGUGUUAUUGAUUAUUCAAUUGAAGAAGAAGUAACCAUCAGAUCAAUCAGAUAUCAAGAUGGGGAUAAUCUCUAUUUAAGGAAGGAAGAACGAAAUAUAUUGAUAAAUUCUAUUGAUCAUUUAAUAGAUAAUUAUAAUGUUAUAUUCUGUAGAUUUAUUGAAUAUAAUGAUGUGAAAAUACUGCAUGAAAAGGGAACAGCAGUAUUAGAAUGUAUAAUCAUAAAAGCAGUUGCUAUAAUGUAUGACCAAACAAAAAAGAAUAUUUGGGAAACAGAAGAAAAAAUACUAAAUAAGCUGAAAACAAUUUUUCAAGUAGAUAAGACAUUACAGUUUGAAAAAUGGAUUGACAGUUGUUAUUCAACCAUUUUUAAUGAAGAAAUAUUUAAAAUAUUAAAAUUACAAAUGUUUAUAUUAAAUUUGAUUAUUGAUAACCGAGAUAUAACAUCUAUUGAUUUAAAUCAAUAUAUUAAGAUGUAUAUAAAGACAAGUUUAAGGAGUAAAAUGUUAGAAUUGUUAAUACCAAUAUAUGAAAUAUUGAAAAAUAUAGGAAGAGAAGAUAUACUAUUAGCAAAAUAUUACUAUAGCAGUACUACUAUUACUAUUACUACUACUACUACUUGUAAUAAUAAAUCAUUAUCGUCACCAAAAAUUUUACCAAGAUCACUAUCUCUUACAACAGAAAAUUUACUAAAACCAAAUCCAUGGUAUAAGAGAUUAUAUAAUUGGAUGAUUAAUGUAAUACAAAAAAUAAGAAGUUUUACAAUAAAAUAUUAA